AUGUUAGUAUCAAAAAAAAAAAAAAUUGAGUCGUGGAUUUUAUUUUUUUUACUUUUAUUUACUGGCUGGUUGACUGGUAGGUUGGUAGUCUUGAAUGCUGGAAUGUUGGCAGCCUGGAAAGCUGGCAGGCUGGAAAAAAAAAGAAUAUUGUUCGACAAAAAGUCAAUGACGAACGAUGAAAGAUCUCGUAGAUUUAAAAAAAAAAAAUUUCUUUGUUUUGAAUGA